AUGGCACAACCUCUGGAUAAUCCUAUGGUGUCACCUAAAGAAAUUGCUAAAGAAAAGGCAGAAAUAAGUAGAAGUGAUCUGCUGAGGAAACAGGAGGUAGAAACGAAAGAAUUGAAAGAUAGGAUGGUUACAUUGAAGCGGAUGGAAAACAACAUCCAAGCACUCCGUGAUCAGUUGUUGAGGGAAAAAAGAGUUAUAAGCAAAAUUAAAAAUAAAUUAAAUAAACCUACUCUAAUUGACCUGUAUUAUUCGUUAAUCUUUCCUCACCUCAUCUACUGCAACGUAAUUUGGGGAAACAGUCCUGACAUUCAUCUAAAACAGUUAACAAAAUGCCAAAACCGAUUCAUCAGAAUAUUUAAAAAUCUUCAUCCUCAUUGUCACACAAGUGAAUAUUAUCUCGAGAUGAAAAUACUCAACAUCAAAAACUUGUUCAUCUACCACGUUGCAACAUUCAUUUUUAGAUUUCUACGUCAGCAAUUGCCGGCAUUUUUUAGAAACUUUUUCACUUUUGGAACUUCCAUUCAAGCAAGAACUACCCGCCACACGCCACUUUUCUAUGCUCCACCAGCCAGAAUUAAAGUACUCUGCAUGAGUUUGAAACAUACCGGCCCAGGAAUAUGGGAGACGAUUCCACAAGAAAUUAAAGAUUGUAACACUUUGCAUCUUUUUAAAAAUAAACUGAAAAAUUUUUUAAUUACGAAAAGUUCUGUUUUUCAAGGAUAA